AACUUGUAAAGGGAGUUAACUGGACCUUGCUGAUUGAAACUUUCAUCAUUUUUUAAUUUACGUUUGCGAAAGAAAAUAUUUAUGGCAACUCAUAUGGUUCUAAGAAUAGUUCGUAAUGGUUGUAGAAAUCUUCCCAGAUCAGGAAGAAGGUCCUUUAGCAGUAACCCUUUAAACAGUAAUGGUACUGGGGAUAUCGCAAAUGUACCUCUGUCUCAACCAAUUCCUGGAUUACCUCCUCCUAGAUUUACUUCAGUAAAGGCUAGUAAGAAUGAGACACAAGUAACAGUUUUAGAUAAUGGUCUGACAGUGGCUACAGAGAAUGUUUUUGGACAGUUUUGCACAGUAGGAGUGCUGAUUAACUCAGGAUCCCGUUAUGAAGUAGCUUACCCAUCUGGUAUAUCACAUUUUUUAGAAAAAAUAGCUUUUGGAUCAACAACACAGUUUACAGAUAAAGACAAGAUUUUACAGGAAUUGGAAAAACAUGGUGGCAUUUGUGAUUGUCAAUCGUCAAGGGACACAUUAAUUUAUGCCAUGUCAGCAGAAACUAGAGGAUUGCAAGCAGUAGUUAAUAUCUUAUCAGAAGUUAUAAACAGACCCACUAUAACAGCUCAAGAGUUAGAAGAUGCUAAGAUGGCAGUAGGGUUCCAUAUUCAGGGUAUGGAGUUAGAUCCCAAUCCAGAACCCAUUCUAAUGGAAAUGAUUCAUCAGGCAGCUUUCAGAGGUAAUACAUUAGGAUUACCACACAGAUGUCCUCCAGAAAACAUUGAUAAAAUUGAAAAAAAUAUUUUAUACACAUACAUGAAGAAUUUUCAUACACCAGAGAGGAUGGUAUUAGCUGGUGUUGGGAUGGAUCAUGAACAGAUGGUGGAAUUAGCUAAAGAACAUUUUGUGAAAAAAUACAAACCAAUAUGGUUUGAACAAGAGAACUUAAUAGAUACGAAAAUGUCUGUGGAUAAUUCCUUAGCACAGUACACUGGUGGAAAAGUUUUGAUGGAGAAAGAUUUGUCAAAUGUCAGUUUAGGACCAACACCAAUGCCAGAACUAGCACAUAUUGUAAUUGGUCUGGAAAGUUGUUCACACAAAGAUGAUGACUUCAUCAGUUUUUGUGUACUUAAUAUGAUGAUGGGUGGUGGUGGAUCAUUCUCUGCUGGGGGUCCUGGAAAGGGAAUGUAUACAAGAUUAUAUCUUAAUGUAUUAAACAGAUUCCAUUGGAUACAUAAUGCCACAUGCUAUAACCAUGCCUAUGAUGACAGUGGAUUAUUUUGUAUACAUGCAAGUUCACAUCCUGAUCAGUUAUCAGAUCUGGUUGAAGUUAUUGUCAGAGAAUUACUAAAUACCACAUCAUUCGUAGAUAAGACAGAACUACAGAGAGCCAAGACACAACUACAGUCUAUGUUAUUAAUGAAUUUGGAAUCUCGACCUGUUAUAUUUGAAGAUGUUGGAAGACAAGUAUUAACUAGUGGACACAGAAAGCAGCCAGAAUAUUUCUAUGAUUUAAUAGGUAAAGUUACACCACAAGAUAUACAGAGAGUAGCUGAAAGGAUGUUAACAAGUAAACUGUCAUUGUCUGCUCUUGGAACAUUAGCUAAUUUACCAGACUAUGAAAACAUUCAAAAUACUUUGCUGGGCAAGAAUGGAAAACGUUCUAGAUUUUCAUUUCUAGGACUGUAAUUUUUAUGUGUGAAUUAAAAUAAAUUCAGAAUUGUUUUA